AAUGGUAUAUUUCUACCUAACUAAAUUAAAAAGGUCACUAAGAAUAAAGUUUGACAAAUUUUGAAGUAGUAAUUCAUUCCUUUGAGUGAUUUCUUAAUCAACAAAUUUUAAUUUAUGUUUUUCAAUGUUUCCUAAUGAGUGUUUUCGCUCAAAGCGAAAAUCUACAUGAGUUUGCAUGGCCAUGUUUCCCGCAUCCUCAAUUUCCUCGAAUCAAGCUCCACAUUUCGAUCCCUCCACGCAACAAAAUGUCUCCACGCACUCUCCAUCACAACACCUCCCAUUCCAAACCAACCCAUCUUCAUCAACAACAACAUCAUUUCAUCAUACAUAUCCCACAGCAACUUCAUUCAAGCACGCAAGGUGUUCGACGAAAUGCCUAAAAGAACACUUGUCUCUUAUAAUACGCUCAUCACUUCUUACACUCGACGUGGAAAUGUAGUUGAAGCUUGGAGCUUGUUGAACCACUUGAGAGUAUGUGGAUUCUCUCCCAAUCAGUAUACAUUAACGAGUUUGCUUUGUUGUGAAAGGUUGAAGCUGGUUCAAGGUUUUCAGUUGUUUUCUUUGAGUAUUAAAAAUGGAGUCUUUGAUGCUGAUGCUUUUGUGGGUAGUACUUUGUUGGGUUUUUUCGGGAGAUAUGGGUGUUUGAACGAAGCUUUUAUGGUGUUUGAUGAUAUGCAUUAUAAGAGUAUAGUGACUUGGAAUACUAUGUUGUCUUUGUUGGCUUGUAAUGGUUUUGUUGAGGAUGCGAAGGUUUUGUUUCGUGAAUUAUUGGGGUUGGGGGUGUUGUUGUCGGAAGGUUCUGUUGUGGCCCUUUUGUCUGGACUCGUUGAUUCUGAAGAGGAUUUGAGUUAUGGUGAACAGAUUCAUUGUUUGAUGACUAAAUGUGGGUUUGACAGUUAUGUUUCUGCAGUUAAUUCGCUUAUGGGUGUUUAUGUUAGGUGUAGAGCUUUGUGUUUGGCAGAGAGAUUGUUUGAGCAGGUUCCUGUUCAAAAUGUUGUAUGUUGGAAUAUAAUCAUUGAUUCAAUGUUGAAAAGUGGGAAGCCAAGAAUGGCAUUGGAGAUGUUUUUGAAUAUGUUGAGGAGGGGAUUGGUGCCGAGUCAGGCCACUUUUGUAGCUGUUACUGAGUCGUGUAUUGGUUUGAGAAACUUGUUGUGUGGAGAAUGUGUUCAUGCUAAAGUUAUCAGGAGUGGUUUUGAAUCUGAUGUUAUUGUUGGAACUGUAUUGGUAGACUUCUAUGCCAAAUUUGAGAAAUUGGUUUCUGCGCAUUACUGUUUUGAUCAGAUAGAAGAGAAGAAUGUGGUUUCUUGGAAUGCUUUGAUGUUGGGUUACUCAAAUGUUUGCUCUUCUACAUCAACUUUGUUAUUACGAGAAAUGUUUCGAUUGGGUUGUAUCCCUAACGAGUUUUCCUUUUCUGCUGUUCUUAAGUCGUCAUCUGUAUUAGACCUACACCAGCUCCACAGUUUGGUUAUAAGAAUGGGGUAUGAGAAUCAUGAAUAUGUACUAAGCUCUCUUGUUAUGGCUUAUAGUAAAAACGGUUUUAUAAAUGAAGCACUUUCGUUUAUCCAAGAGUUUAAUAGCCCACUUCCUGUAAUUCCAUCUAACAUCAUUGCUGGAAUCUAUAACCGAACAGGUCAGUACAAUGAAUCAAUGAAGUUGCUUUCUUUAUUAGAAAGGCCUGGUGUUGUAUCUUGGAACAUUGUCAUUUCAGCCUGUGCUCGGAGCAAUAAUUAUAAUGAGGUUAUUGAACUUUUCAAGUGUAUGCGUUCCGCACACAUCCGUCCAGACAAAUACACCUUUAUGACUGUAUUAUGUGUGUGCACCAAGCUUUGCAGUUUUGAUUGGGGAAGUUCUCUUCAUGGUCUUAUUGUGAAGACUAAUAGUUGUGACACUUUUUUGGGCAAUGUACUAAUUGAUAUGUAUGGAAAGUGUGGAAACACUGAAAAUUCAGUGAAAGUUUUUGAAGAAAUUACGGACAGAAAUGUUAUUACAUGGACAGCUUUAAUUUCUGCCCUCGGGUUAAACGGUUAUGCUCGCGGGGCAGUAAAGAUAUUCCACAACAUGGUAUUGAUGGGAUUUAAGCCUGACGCAUUAGCUCUCAGAGCAGUGCUUUCUUCCUGCAGAUACGGUGGAUUAGUGAGCGAAGGAAUGGAAUUUUUUAAGCAGAUGGAAACCAUUUAUGGGAUUCAACCAGAACACGAUCAUUACCUUUGCAUAGUAGAUCUCCUUGCUAAAAAUGGACAAAUAAAGGAAGCUGAAGAAGUCAUGGCAAGCAUGCCUUUUCCGCCAAAUGCAAAUAUAUGGCGCAGCUUCCUUGAAGGUUACAAGAGGCGGGAAAUUGCAGUUUGACUUGUACAGAAAAACGUAUUAAUCUUUUGGGAAUAAUACAUGAACCAGCAAGCUAUGGAAGUUUGGUGAAGUCAAAGCACUCAUAUGUUGAACACAAUCUUGAUAAUGUUGUUAACGUCAUGGGAAUCAGAAUCGUGUUUUUAUUCCUACAACAUGAUUAUGUGACUUUGCUUUCCCUGAAAAUUGGUUUAUGACGAAAUUGGAUGGAAUUGCAGUGGUUAAAUGUAGAAUCGUAUGAUCUGCGAUCUCUGUGUAGUUUCUGAGCAGCGGUUCAUCAGAAAACUACUCUUGAAGUUGUUUGUUGCUCAAUAACUGAAAGGACACGCCCCCAUUGGAGGAGCAUCAAUCUAAUUUAACUCCUGCUUAUUUGUUGAUAGAGAAAUGGAGCAUCUGCUGAGGUGCUUUACAAAAAAACUUAAAACUGUUGCAAUGUGUUUGUUUUCACUGCAACGCAACAGUUAUUGUGAGUUCAAGCAGAACCUGCAGAUAGUAGCUGUAGCCCUAUCGAGCGUUCAACAUUAUAUCGGGCAAAAACCAACACGUGCUUAGCUUAUUACUCGAAAUGUUUAGAAGUAAGAGUUCAUUGUAAUGCAGAUUCAAUGAAGAGCUGCCUGUUGCGUUAUACAUUUCCAGGCCAAGGAAAAAACAAUAGUGGAGUCUGACAAAAAACUCGAGAACAUUUUGUUUCACUGAAUGAAACAUCUUCGUCAUUUUGUGGAGUAAAAAGCAAAACUUCCUGCUCAAUGAAGACUCCUAGAACGAGCUUGAAGAAACUGAAUAAUGGAGCAAGUUAAUUUGUAGUUAAAGAAUGUCUACAAACAAGUCCAAAAGCUGAUACUUUUGUUCAUUUUGUGCAUUAUUAUCACUACAUUUGUAGCAAACAGAUGUGUGUGAAGAAAGGGAAAGCAAUGCCAACCAGAUAUUUCAUUUUAGACUUCAUCUUCCCUUUCCCUUUGACUGGUAACUUAUAUGUCAAACAGUAUGUUAAAAUUUCAUUGAAGUGUAGUUUUGUUUUGACAAUAUUCA